UAAAUAAAAUCGGUUCCGGGAUGAAAGCAGCUGCUCCUUCUUCCGCUGGACUGCGUUCCUCUGCGGGAGUCACGGAGGGACUGAGAGCGUCAUGCGCGUGCAGAAGUGGAUCGGACUGUAGCGUGAGCGCGCGGACGGUAGUGUCGCGGGGACGAGCUGCGCGCUCCUGAUCGCGCUCAGUGCGGCUCGGACAGACGCGGGACCGGACCGUGCGUCCUCUGCGGGAACUCGAGAGGAACUUCCGCCGCGCGGAGCGAUGCAGGAGCGCUUCAUCAUGGACCUGCUGCUGCUCCUGAUGUCUCUGUCGGCGUUCCGUGUUUCUGCGGAGCAGGAGGUGGAGAAUCUCUCCGGACUUUCACCGAAUCCUGACCGGGAUAUAUUCGUAGUGAGAGAGAACGGAACGACCUGCUUGAUGGCGGAGUUUGCGGUGAAAUUCCUGAUUCCCUACGACGUCCUGGCACUGAACGGGAUCGAUCUGAUCACGGAGCAGACGUCCGUGUCGAUCCCGCGUGGAGCUCAGAUCGCUGGGAAAUGCGGGAGCAGUGAGUCGGAGCUGCAGAUCUCGUGGAUCAAUCACGCUUUCACAUUCCUCAUCUUCUUCUCAAAGGACAAACACACCAGGGGCACUGAUGGGAAAGCUAAAGAAACUGAAGUGUGGAAGAUAAACAAGGUCCAGCUGGUCUACAACACUUCAGAGACGACACACUUCAGUAACGCGUAUAAUCCGGGGAAACACACGGCCAGCACACACCGUCUCUCUGCUCUGGUGACUCCGGCCGGACGCUCGUAUGUUUGCUCGGCUCAGCAGACGCUCACACUGAUCUCCAGCGACCAUCAGAAGGGAAUCACCGUCUCCAUGUACGACAUUCAGAUCCAGCCCUUCGACAUCAAGAGCGACUUCGUCUUCAGUGAACAGUAUAAGUGCAUCACAGACGAGCGUGAGCAGCUGGAGCAGAUGUUGCCGCUGGUGUUGGGUCUCAUCCUGGGUCUCAUCAUCGUCAUCACCAUCUCUGUGUAUCACUUCCAUCUCAAACUGAGCGCCGCGCAGCCGCAGCUUCCUCGAGACCGCUCGCUCUACAAGAACAUGUGAGGACCCCUGCAGACCGUCUCCUCUCUCUCCGCUUCCUGUGUGCUGAGUGCAUGAGUUUCAUGACACUGUGAUUAAAUAUUGCUGUUGCUGUGUGGACUUUUUUGUCUCUAAGUUUACAUUUCACAAUUACUAAUUUCAAAGUCAAAUGCAAGAUGUAAACAUAAUUGAGAGGAAAAUUUUGAAUUGUAAGAUGUAAACAUUACUUUAAUAACUCGUAAUUCGGACUUUUUUCACACAAUUUUGAAUUUAUAUUACGCAACUCUGUUUAUAUCUCAGACUUGCUAGAUACAGUCCAAAUUAAAAAGUGAAUGAGUUGA